ACCCCUAGUUGAGCCAAAGGCCCCCUUCCAGCGGAGUCUUUGAGUGUGUAAACUGCGCCAACACUCUUCGCCUUCUCUCUUUGCGCGUGCCCCACGGACGUAUCUCUCCCCCCUGCGUCCGUCCUUCCUGCCACCACCACGCUCGCGGACCGCAAGAGAAAACGAGGCGACGGAGGGAUGUCCCAUGACGGAUACUACGCCUCCUCGCGGGACGACGCGCCGCCACCAGCCCCGCACAGCUCCACCUCGGGCUUCAGCGAUACCGCCAAUGCUAAUUUGCACGCCAUGACUGGAUCGAACGGACUCAUACCGCGUACCCACGUAUCGCUACCGCCACAACUUCAGGGCGACGAGGACCAGUCCAUGAGCGACUCGGACCGCUCCAACUCGUCGUCUGCACUCAAUUUAUCGCAGGCUUCUGUCGUGGAUAUCGUAAAGGAAGGUAAGCGCGUCGUUGCCGCCUUUCUGAGAGAGACGCAGUGCUACGACGUCAUCAAGAACAGUGGCAAGGUCGUGGUAUUUGACGUCAAGAUCCCCAUCAACCUCGCCUUUUUCGCACUGGUAGAGCACGACAUCAAGUCGGUGCCCAUUUGGGACGCCGAACAGGGAAAAUUUGUGGGUAUGUUCACGGCUACCGAUUUUGUCAACAUCUUGCGUCAUUUCUACAUCCGUGGGUCGCCCAUGAACGAGCUAGCAGAGCACAGUAUCGUAUCCUGGAGAGCAAUCCCGCGAUCCCUGUCCAUGGCACCAACUCGGGAAGAAAUGGUGUCGGUCACACCAGAGCACAACCUCUACGACGUUUGCAAGAUGCUUCGCGACAAUCGGCUUCAUAGACUUCCCGUAGCAGACCCGACCCAGAACUCGGUCUUGGCUGUCAUCACGCACAGCGGGAUUUUGGAAUACCUUGUAGCCACCUUCCGUGAGCAACGCAGACUGUUCGACCAGCCCAUCUUCGAUCUAGGCAUUGGCGUCUACAGCGGCUUCGUGACUGUUCCUGAAGAUAUGCCGCUUAUUCGCGUGCUGCACACUUUAAUUGAACGGAGGGUCUCGGCGGUGCCGAUAGUGGAUCCAAGUGGCGUUGUUGUGAAUAUUUAUUGUGUAUCGAACGUCACCGAGUUGGUGAAGGACCGGUCACUUACCCAGUUAGACAUGCCCGUGGGGGAAAUUCUAAGGAUCCAAGCUGCUGAGGGCAACGUCGGAGAAGGUUUACAUUUAUGCUACAAGACUGACACGUUGCAUAUGAUAUUCGAGCGGUUCGCUGCGUGCAAGGCGCAUCGCUUUGUGUGCGUGGACGAGUAUUCGCGCUGCGUAGGGCUCGUAUCUCUUAGCGAUUUGUUUAAUUAUUUCCUCGACUAGCGAGCAAAACUUACAAAAGUGUCUUGCGCUCAGACGACAGAGGACAGACAGACUUAAAAGGAAAUGAAAACACCGACCGCAAGUCGAUGCUCGGGGC